AUGAGUGUACACGAGCUAGACUAUGCGCAGCCUAGUGCGAUGCGAUCCGAGUCUCUGCACCACGUUGAUGUGGAGGCAGGACGCGGGUCGACAGGGCGCGGGUCGAUCAGUUCCCAGGUCUCUCCAACAGCGAAAGAUGAGCGAGAGGGGGGUUCAUUCCCGGCCUUAGCGACCGCUGCAGCACGAAUAAAUUCCAACGAGACCACCAGACGCCGAGCCCGACGAAACACCGCGCGAUCAUACCACCCCGAAGGAUUCGCCCAUGACCCGAACUGGCAGCCAGGAACCGAACCCGGUAUCGACCCGACCAAACCACUACCCGCUUAUACCUCGGAAUGGUCGUCCAAUAUUCCUGCGGAUCUACACCGUCGCUGCGAGAUCACCAUCGUGGACUUCUCGCAGCAUGAAAUGCGACAGUACGAGUUGGAUAAUGAUACAUUGGAGCAGUUUCUCGAACGAGAGAGGGAGCCUUGGGUGCAAUGCCGAUGGAUCAAUGUGAAUGGAUUGAGCUGGGAUGUUAUUAAGAUUCUUGGAAAUCACAAGGGAUUGCAUCGACUUGCAAUUGAGGAUCUGGUUCACACGACGAAUCGUACGAAGGCGGAUUGGUACUCGGAUCAUGCCUUCGUCGUGUUGACGUUGCAGAAGUUGAUGAAGAUUUAUGAGGAAAGCAGCGACUCUGACGAUGAAGAAGAGGUCCCGGCUAGUCGAUGGAGGUCUAAGGAUCGCAAAAGCUCUGUGGUCAGUGAUAGAAGCUCGAUCUCUUUAAAGAGGCCCACGAAGACGAGUCUCAUCCUGGAAGCCCUGAAAGAUAUUUUCCGGUUCAGGGCGUCCUCUCAUAAAGAUGAGAGGGAGAAGCCAACGGUUGGUUCCAGUGUUCGACCUGGUAUUGGGCGACGAACCUCGAAACAUGCUUCUCAUUUUGGCAGUGUUGGGACCACGACACAGACUGCAGCCAGGAGUCUUCAGCGCUAUCGCGGUGGACCCAAUGAAGAUCGAAUCGAGUUCAUGGAACGCCAUGCCGUACUCGCCGGUAAAGGCCUGUCUGUCACGUUGGAGCAAGUUUCGAUCUUCCUACAUGCAGACAACACAGUGACAUCCUUCUUCGAAACGAGUGCAGACGAUAUUGAGGCACCAAUUGUCCGUCGUCUUAGCUCGCCCGAGACUAUCCUUCGACAGUCGUGCGAUGCUAGCAUGCUACUACAAGCCAUCAUCGACGCGGUGAUUGAUCUGGCAAUUCCAGUCACAAUGGCAUAUCAAGACGCCAUCGGCGACCUCGAACUAGAGGUCCUCACAGAUCCUGACAUUGACCAGUCAAAGUCGUUGUAUAUCUUAACGUCCGAGAUUGCGGUCCUACGCAACUCAAUGCAGCCAAUCGUGGCAGUGAUGAAUGCUCUCCGUGAUCACCGCUCUGAGCCAAUCGGUACACCUGGGUUUGGCGUCUUGCGGAACCCUCUCAGUCCGGCUAGUACACCUGCUGAGCCUGCCGAUUCUCGUCCACAUAUCGGUGUCAUCACCCCAAACUUGAAGAGCGUUGGUGGAACUAGUGUCACCAUUAGCUCCAUGUGCCAUACAUACUUGGGAGAUGCACUCGAUCAUUGUAUUACCAUCGUAGAAGGGUACGAUCAGAUGCGCCGCGCUGCUGACAACAUGAUCGACCUCAUUUUCAACACUAUUGGUGCCUACCAGAACGAGAGUAUGAAACAGUUGACUCUUGUCACUUGUCUAUACCUUCCCAUGACGUUCUUGACCGGAUAUUUCGGUAUGAACUUUACAGAUUUCGCUGGAAUAGAACACAGUGACAGCUAUUUCUGGAAGAUCGCUAUACCAUUCGUUUGUGUGACAACUUUCCUACUCAUGCGUGAUAAAAUCCAGCGUUACGCUGUUAUGCUCGCUCAAAGACGUUUGAUUGUCAGCUCCCGCAAACAGAGACGGGAGAGAAAGAGGAAAUAG